AUCGCCGUGACUUUCAGGUUCGAUUCCGAACCUAGGAUCUCUUGAACCUUGACCUUCACUCAUGCUCGUUUCACGGCCGAUUCCUCGUAACGGGGAGGGUCCGCAGCGAUUUGGGGGGGCCAAAACACCAGCAAAGGGCCUUCAAAAUGAAAACGCCAUUCGACAUGCACCAACUAGCACGGUCGGAAAAGGAAAUUUGAAGGGCAAUAUACCCCAGACACCCUUCCAGUCUCAGUCUAAGAGUAUCAAAGGCGAUCUUCAGCUCAAAGAUGUUCCUCGAACGGGCAAGGGUAAAGCACCUAUACAGCUCAACACCAUGUCACGACCAUUCCUCGACAAGACGCCUUUUCCAAACCGUGUCGUGUCUCUUCACACACAGACGCCUUUUAAUAGAGACUUGUCUGAAACCCCAAAUUCUCCCCAGAUCCCCAGCUCUACUAGGAAACAUAUACGUUUACCCAGGCAGUCCCAAGAUUUCGAUACGCCUUUGAACACGAAGAACCAUUGGGACCUCAGCGACGACGAAGUAGGAAUGUCUGUACCAGUGGUUCCCUCGAAAGUACUGGAGGUCAAAGAAGACUAUGAUGAAGUUGAAUACAUGGCACCCAACACACUCGAUCUGCAUUACCAACCUCCGUUGGAUUUUGAGCUUCCGGAUUACAAAGAAGUCGGAAAGGUACUAAUGGACAUCUCUCGGAAACUUGUGCUUGAUGAGCAACAGCCACCACCCGAAAUCGUUCCGAAAGCAGAAGACAUCACCCCCGUACCUUGGAAUAUGAUCCCUCUGCUCGAGCUUGAGGAUGAUGACCCCUUUGGACCCAUCCUGAAAAAGAACCCACCUCCGACGCGUACUACCCAAUCCACGAUGCGUAAUCAAUCGGGGCCUGUUUCAGCUCUUAAACCCACCCACCCACGCUCUGCCUCGACCCUCUUUGGUACCGCCAGAGAGAAGAAUUCACUUACGACAGAUACAGCUCGAUCCACGAUGCACAAUCUAUCAAAGCCUGUCCCGGUCCCUAAAACCACUCACACACGCUCUGCCUCUACUACCCGCCCUGGUACAUCAUCCUAUGGCAUUCGCUCAAACUCCCACACUCGAGCAGCAUCUGUCUCAACCCACAACGCCCGCGUUGCUUCCAAACCUGUGAUGGUAACGAGGCAUGCCCCUUCCAAGGUGUCUACUCGACCAACAGGCGAUGUUACAGUCAAAUCCAAACCCGUUUCUACACGCAGACCAGCCACAUCUAUCUCUACUUAUAAACCUGUCUUGCCACCAGUCCGAGGCCUUUCCGGCGUAUCGAAGCAAUCCAUCCCUACUGGUCCACCAUCACACCGUAGUCAGGUCGCUACCAAAACCGUCAAUACGAAAACCGAGGAUGAGAUGGAUGUUUUGAGUUUGAAAUUUGAUUUAUUAAAACACGAUGCAAAUGAAGAUUUCUUUUUCGAUGUGUAGAAUGUUCAAUGCUAUGUUCAAUACGAUCCAUGUACUUGUUAGUUCGAGAUAAGCGAUCAGUGUCAGCCCAACCCUGCUCACCCG